UAAAAGGCAUUCCCUAGUGUCGAUGGCGCUUAAUUCUCGGCAAUGUCGCUCUCCGACGCCCGAGAUUGAACCUCGACGACUAAACCCAACGCUCUCAUUUCAUCUCAAUCUUCUUCUUCUUCUUCUUCAAUCUCAAUCUCUCGUCCAAUCCCUUCUUUCUUUCGUCUUCUUUGACAUUAAUUUUCGGAGCCGUUUUUAUCAGCAAUGACAACUCUGAAGCUCCGUAAUAGAGCGGGAACACACCCAAAUACGCCACGCUAACCAUCAGGCGACUAUUUAUAGAAGAUAAGGAACUUGGGUUUUUGUUGGUUGAUGGUUUCACUCUCUGCUGGUAUCUGUUGCGAAUCAUCCAAGGUUUGUGUCGCCAGUGGGGUUUGUACAGGAAAAAACCUGAGCUUAUACAUAAAGAGAUAUUUUUUUCUCGCAUGAAGUUUUGAAUUUGCAUGAGACUGGAAGAAGGAUCAUAUGGGGAGUUUUGAUUGAAGAAAUGGAGAAAUAAAUUUAGGUGGAGAUUUGGGUACAGAUCCACUUUUAUGCAUGUUCUUAAUUUGUGGGCUGAAGGGUGAAGGGGCCACUUAGCAGCUCAGUUGAUAAGAAGUGUUUUCUAUGGCUCUAAAUAAGCCUGACAAGUUGUUUGAUCCCAUGAUCAAUGAGGUUCCUGCCGCAUCAGGUCGUUGGAUCGAGCAAGAAUCAGCCCCAGUUUCAACUUUGGGAAAAAAUAUGCAUAACAACGUCUCAGUGCAGACUGGCGAGGAGUUUUCCAAGGUGUUUCUUCAAGAUCGUUUUCCAGCGAGAAGGGUUCCUGCUGUCACUGAUACUGUUCAGGAGCGUGAAAAAAAGGUUGGAUUUAAUGGUUAUCAGAACUCUCAGCCGGGUUAUGAGGACCUUUCUCGUGUCCUGGGGUUGAAGAGAAUGGAUUCAGAGAGUGCUUCUGAAACAUCUGAAUUUGUGUCUGCAAAAGGGUCUUCGAGAGAGACUGAUGUUGAAGCUUUUGUUGAUAGAUUAAACAGAAACAACAAGAAGGAGAAUGGUGAGAAUGGUCAUGGUGGUAUAAGGAAGGCUGUUAGUGAACAGAAUUGUGAUAGGGCUGGCGGGACCAAUGUUAUACCCAGUCACAAAUCUGAGUCACCUAAUUCAAAUAAUUUGAAUGGAUCAGAAGUAUUAGAUGGCUCGCAAUCAGGGAAGAUAAAGUUUCUCUGCAGUUUUGGUGGUAAAAUCUUGCCAAGACCCAGUGAUGGGAGACUCAGAUAUGUUGGUGGAGACACACGAAUGGUAUCUAUCAGAAAAAGUACUUUAUGGGAUGAGCUUGUGAAGAAAACUUCCAGUAUUUGCAACCAACCUCACGCCAUAAAGUACCAGCUUCCAGGUGAGGAUCUUGAUGCUCUUAUAUCUGUAUCUUCUGAUGAGGAUCUUCAAAAUAUGAUAGAGGAAUACCAUGGGCUUGAAAAGCAAGAUGGUUCUCAAAGGCUUCGGAUCUUUUUGAUUCCUUUGGGUGAAUCUGAAGGUACAUCUUCUUUUGAUGCAAGCACCAUACAAGAGAACAAUCCUGACUACCAAUAUGUUGCGGCUGUUAAUGGCAUGGUAGAUCCCGUUUCUAUGAAAAGCAUUGGAGGGCAGAAUUUGGCAAGUGAAACAAAUCAACUGGGAGUUAAGAGUCCCUCAUUUACUUUGGAAACUAACAGUGGUUCAACUGUUUUGCAUGAUAAUAAAUUUUCAGAAUCCCAGAAUAUAAAUGUAUCUCCAACACAAUCUCCUCCAUUCUCUCCCGUUCAAUGUCAUCAAGACUCCAAGAGUGCUAAGAUACAAUCACAUAGUAAUACUGGCUGUGUUAAUCCUUCACCAGAGGGAGUAAAUUUGAUGAUGUAUGAUCAGCCUACUGUCUCACAUUCAGAACAGCUGCAUGGUGGACAUUUUCAAGACCCUGAUUUUAUGAAAGAUUUUACUAGUCCAGUAGCGGCCGAUCAAAAUGAUGGUGAGUUUGUUGGAUUCUCCCAAGACAGGCCAAUAUCUAAGGAAAGGAUAUUUCAUUCUGAAAAGCCGGGCUCACGCCUAGAUGAUCCUACAGGUCUGUUAUCCGAUUGUUCUGAUCCUCAUCAUGGAAUGCCACAUGCAUUUUCUGAUUCACAAUUGCAAGAGAGCGGAAGGAAGUCUGCAUACUGUUCGCAAGAAGGAACAAGCCCAUCAUCUCCCUUGUCCUUCGCAAAAGCUCAGUUGUCUUUGCAACUAAAUUCAGGUACCUUGCAAGAAAAUCCAUCCCAACUGCGUGACAAUAUUAAUGAUAUUAAUCCUCAGGUACAAAAGAACUUGUUGAAUGAUGAGUCUGUUGCAGUUCAAGGAUUAAUUUUGCCAAAUUCUUCUUUGUCUUCAGAACUAAUGGCUCGUAAUGAAGCUAAUCCCAAGUGUGGUACUGGUGAUAUUGAUGACAAUUUUCAAACGGCUAAAGAUGACAUUGGUAGAUCUGAUUUGGCUAUGCUGAACAAGUGUGAGGAAGAUUCCCUGAAUCCAGUAAUAUUGAAGAGGAUUGAUGCAAAGAAUCCUUUCGAGGAACAAUAUGGCCAGCUUUAUGGAGGAAGUUCAGCUGUGCGUGCAAUAGACUGUAAGAAUGAAUUGGACAGGAUAAACCCAGUUCAAAGCCCACAUUUCACUAUUGGUUCUCAAGAGAGAGUUCCUGCAUCGUCAUCCACUGACUUGAUACCUUUGGUUGACAAUUUGGUGGAGCCUCCCAAAAACCACCACUGUGACCAAACCAUUGCUGAACUCUUUAGCAUGAGCCAAAGAACUCCUAAUGAUCACAAAAAAGCUUUGAAUGGGACAACAGAUGUUCAAGGAAAUAAUAUUUUUGGAACAAAUAAUUAUGAUGUUUCAAGCUUAUUUCCAGGUGCCAAGCAACACUCUCCGAAUGAGGAUCCUUUGGGCGAUCUUUUGGCUGGCUUUUCAGUUGAUCCACGACAACGUGACCCUGUACAACCUGCUGCUAGUGAUAUGAGUUCUGAACCCAGGUUGAUAAGUCCUGUAAAUUUAUACCAAUUACCACCAGUUCAUGAUGGCUCUGUUAUAAGUUCUAAUUUGCAAAAGAGUAACCAAAUAAUCUUGCAGAAUCCUACCCAAGAUACUGUAGUGAACCAAGAGAUUUCUCUCCUGGAUGUCGAUUUUAUAAGCUACCCCAGUGAGAAGUUUGAAAAGAUUAAUUUCUACCCCUGCGAGAAAUUUGAAAAGAUUAAUUUUGGAAAUUCUACUGAUGUGGAAUCUAAUUUGGAAGGUUUCACAUUGACACAAAUAGAACCACCAAGAAAUGAUACAAAUCAGUCAUCAUCAAUGACUCAAUAUCUUAUGGGUGAAACCAUUGGUGAUGAUUCUCCUACUGCAACAGAGGUGGAUAGCAUUGUUCCAGAGUCUGAAUCUGAGGAUGGUAAAACUGAUGGAGAAAGGAAUGAAUUAUUUAGUGAUGCAAUGAUUGCUGAAAUGGAAGCAAGCAUAUAUGGCUUGCAGAUUAUUAGGAAUUCUGAUCUGGAAGAACUGCGAGAGUUAGGAUCUGGUACAUAUGGUACUGUUUAUCAUGGAAAAUGGCGGGGAACAGAUGUUGCGAUAAAGAAAAUUAAAAAGAGCUGCUUUGCAGGAAGGUCGUCAGAGCAAGAUCGCCUGGCAAAAGACUUCUGGAGAGAGGCACAAAUCCUCUCAAACCUUCAUCAUCCAAAUGUGCUUGCGUUUUAUGGGGUAGUACCAGAUGGAGCUGGUGGAACAUUGGCAACAGUAACAGAAUUUAUGGUGAAUGGGUCACUUAGACAUGUCCUACUUAAGAAGGAUAGGUCACUCGAUCGACGUAGAAAGCUUAUUAUUGCCAUGGAUGCAGCUUUUGGCAUGGAAUACUUGCAUUCAAAGAAUAUUGUUCAUUUUGAUUUAAAAUGUGAUAAUCUGUUAGUCAACCUAAGGGAUCCCCAUCGGCCCAUAUGCAAGGUUGGAGAUUUUGGAUUGUCGAGAAUCAAACGCAAUACUCUAGUAUCUGGUGGGGUGCGCGGAACCCUUCCUUGGAUGGCACCAGAACUAUUGAAUGGUAGCAGUAGCCGGGUUUCUGAGAAGGUUGAUGUUUUCUCGUUUGGCAUUUCGAUGUGGGAGAUAUUGACCGGGGAGGAACCAUAUGCCGAUAUGCACUGUGGUGCAAUCAUUGGGGGCAUUGUGAAGAACACUCUCAGGCCUCCAAUUCCAGAGCGAUGUGAUCCCGACUGGAGGAGGCUGAUGGAAGAAUGCUGGUCGCCAGAACCUGAGCACCGGCCAUCAUUUACCGAGAUAACCAACAGGUUGCGGUACAUGUCAAUAGCGCUCCAGGCGAAGGCGCAAAGCAAUCCAGCAAAAGUGAAGCCGAACAGCCCUCGUGAAUAAACACCGUAAAUAUAUAUAUGCACAGAACUUUGAUUCUUCAAAUAGUGAGUCUGGUCUGGUACCGUACCUCCCAUUGAAGCCAGCCAACCCCAUUGAUUUGGGUUGUGAGUAUCAGAAAUUUGUAGGUGACCAUUCUUGCAGUUUGAUUGAUGGCUUAUAUUGUUUUUUUUUCUUCUUUCUCUUGUUGAUAAAAGAAGAUAUAUAUAUGUUCAUUUUUUUAUUCUUUUUUUCACACAAAAACAUCAGAGCAAGAAGAGUAGCAGCAGAGACUUUCUCCACAAUUUUCUUAGUUUAGUUUUUGAGUUUUUGCUUGAAGAUGCCGUACACGUCCAUUUGUAUAUAUACACAAGAAAAAGCAUAAGAUUAUUAUCAUUAUAUAUUGUUGGUUGCUUGC